AUGGCCUCCCACUCUGAGGAGCCAGGACUCCUGCCCUGUGGAUCCUGUGACAUGGUUUUCCGCUCCUGGGCCCUCUUGGCCACCCACACUCGACGCUUCUGCAUUGGCCGUCUGACACCUGGAACUCAGCCUUCCGUAGCCACUGACUCACGAGAUCGCGCGGUAAGGCAGCUACGGCUGCACCUUCAAGACAGACAGCCCUGGCCAACAGAGGGGCCCACUCAGGUUUCCACCUCCGAGGAUGCUAGGAGCCCCCGCGAGCGGCUGCGCGCGCUACACCAGGCUCGCGCGAGGCGCUUGGCGGAGACAGAAGCUCAGAGCCAGGUCCUGGAGCGACGCGGCGAGGAACUGAGCCAGCGACUCCAAGGUUUGGUUCGGACACGGGGCGGAAUAUCGCGACUGCUCGAUAUGGAGCGGGAGCUACGAGAACUCCGGGUAGAGGCUGGGCGAACGCGGGGAGCCCUAGAGGUGUUAGGAGCGCGAGUUCAGCAGUUACAGCCCGAACCCGGGGUCCAGCCUGACUCCUUGCGAGAGGCAGAGCUCUGCUGUCCGGUACUACAGGCCAACUCGGGGACCCUGACUGCAGAGAUCGGGGCCCUGCGUGAAGCAUACAUUGGAGGUGGAGGCCGGGAUCCCAGCGUUCUGGGCCAGAUGUGGCAGUUGCAAGUAGAGGCAUCCGCUCUGGAACUGCAGCGGUCACGGAAUCGUAGGGGAAGACUGGCAGGUGGCACAACAGAGGAGCUUCUAAUAGUGGAGGCUGAAAACCGGCGCCUGGAAGCAGAAAUCCUGGCCUUGCAAAUGCAGAAGGGUGCAGGCCUACUUCCCUGGGGGACAGGGGAGGCUCAGCUUGUGGCGGAUCCUGGACCACGUUUAAGGAGGGAAGAUCCCCUGCUGCCACCACGGGUGGCUCCUCCACUUCCACCUUAUCCACCAUUUAUUGGAAGCCCACAGCUUCCCAGAACCAGGACCACAAACCUGAGCUUGGAUUCACAUUUUCUCCUGCCUGCAUCUGAUGUUCUGGGCCCUGCACCCUAUGAUCCCGGGGCUGGGCUGGUCAUUUUCUAUGACUUCCUGCGGGGUCUUGAGGCUUCUUGGAUUUGGGUGCAACUAGUAACUGGCUUGGCCCGGGAUGGUCAGGAUACAGGAGGAACCACAGCAUUGCCCCCAGCCUUUUGCUUACCCCCACCUCCGGCUCCUGGGCCAGUGGGCAACUGUGCCAUCCUUGCCAGCAAGCAACCUGUACCCAGACUGCCACCCUCACCGUCAGUGUCCUUGGUCUGUGAGCUGCAGGCAUGGCAGGGGCUGGCAUGGUCUAGAGCACCAGAGCCAAAGGCCUGGACUUCACUACUGAUAUUUGACCGGGAACAGAGGGUGCUAAGUGGCCGUUGGCGUCUCCCACUUCGGGCCCUUCCUCUGGAUGCCAGUCUUAGCCUUGGGCAGCUGAAUGGGAUUCCCCAGGUAGGUCACACGGAGCUCUUCCUGCGACUGGUGAAUGCCAGAGAUGCUACUGUGCAGUCACUGGCUGAGAUCAAUCCAUCAAGUGCCCAUGAGUAUCAAUACCCACCUCUGGUGAGGAACCAACUAGAGCUAUAGACACCAGGGUUGUGCCUGAAUGGCCUUUGUUGGAACUCUGAGCCAAGUCACUACCAAAUGCUUUUGUGAUUUAAUUCAUGUGACACAUCCUGUUACAUCCUGUGUAGCAUAAAGAAAUCAGUGGGAAGGCCCACAGCAAAGAUGUGGAAAUGAAGAUUGAAGUAUCUGGAACCUAUGACCCCCAGAGCCUGUGCUGUUAACCUCUACAUAAAUCCCUUCUCUAU